UUUACUAUUUUUAUAGAUUAUAAAAUGUGUUAGCAUAAUAUUAAUUGACUAAUGAUUUUUAUUUUAAAGUUUCUUUAUGUUAAUUAAGAUACUGAAAAUAGUAUAAAUUUUAUCUUAGAGGUUUGUGGCAUGUGCUUGAUGAUAUUACCUAUUAUACAAACUUUUUAUUUUUUCUAUUUAUAUAUAACGUGACGUGAUAUAUUUACUGAUUUUUUGUCUCUAAAAAUUUUUUUUAAUAAAACUAUGGCAGCUAUUAAGUGUGAAACAGUAGCGGAUCAUUCAGCAUUAAUGGAGAAAUAUCGAUCAGAUAUUACUAUGCUUGCAGAUCCAAAUGUUGAAGACGAACAAAAAUUAAAAAUUGUUCAAACACUUAAUGAAAAUUUUGAGAUGAUAGUUUCUUCAUCACAUUAUCCAGUUUUCUUAGAACAUAUGAUAAAAAACUUUGUUCGGAUUUUAGUAGAUGGCGAACCAUAUUUUAUUGCUGAAUACCACAUUUUUCAAGUUCGUAAAGUGGUAUUGGAAAUGAUUUAUAGAUUGCCUUGUAAUGAAUACUUAAAGCCAUAUGUUGACCGACUGGUAACAUUGUGUAUGAAGUUGAUUGAAACUGAUAAUGAACAAAAUGGCAUCACUUGCAUACGUAUAAUUGUUGAAUUACAGAAAAAUUUUAGACCUCCAUAUAAUUCUGAAAUAAGUAAAUUUUUACAACUUACUAAAAAAAUUUAUUGGGAUAUACCUGAUAAUAUGGAUAAAAUAUUUAGUAUGAGAACUCAACAAAAAUUACUCAUCAAUGACUUAUCUACAGUUGAUAUUAGUGAGAUACUGGAUAAUACAUACUCCACAAUUAUUAUUAACUGUGAAACUUCUGAAAGUAAUGUUGAUACAUAUAAUGUAAUACCACGAAGUAUUUCAUCAUUAAAAAUAUUACAAGAAUUACCUAUAGCAAUUGUACUUAUUUAUCAGCUUUAUAAAGAUAAUGUAAAACGUGAACUUAGUGAAUACAUACCAACUAUAAUUCGUAUCAUACCUUUGCAACCAUCAUUACAUUAUAAGGAGCAUCCUAAUUAUAAUAAAGAAAUCUUAGUUGAAUUAAUAUCAGCUCAAAUAAAAGUGUUAUCAUACCUAGCUUUUGUUAUAAAACCUUUUACUGAUAUUGUCACCGUCCAUUCUACUCAAUUAGUUGAAGGAAUGAUAGGAAUGCUGGAAUCAUGUCCAAUGGAAGUUACUCAUCUCAGAAAAGAAUUACUUAUUGCUUCUAGACAUAUUCUAAAUACUGAACUUAGAAUAAAAUUCAUUCCAUAUAUGGAUAAAUUGCUUGAUGAAGAUACACUCCUAGGACGUGGUUGGACAACAACUGAAAAUUUAAAACCUUUAGCUUACAGCACUAUUGCAGAUCUUAUACAUCAUGUUCGAGUUCACUUAUCUCUUCCAACAAUUGUGAAAGCUAUAAACUUAUUUGCAAUUAAUGUUCAUGACCACAGUUUAACACCAAGUAUUCAACUCAUGUGUUGUAAAAUGCUGAUGAACUUGGUUGAUUGUAUCAGACAAAGAAAUGGAGAGGAAGUUCCUAAUUUAAAGUGUACACUGGGUGAAACUGUUAGUUUUGACCUUUUAAUACGCAUUCUUCAAGUAUAUGUCCUAAAGCUGAAAGUAGUUUCAAAAUUCUACAUUCCUGCAAUAAUAUCUAAAAAUUCAAAUAAACAAACAGAUCCAUUACACAUGGAUAUUGAUAGUGAAAUUAUUGAUGAAAAUAUAAAAAAAGAACCAAAAGAAUUUGUGGAUAGCCCUUUUGGUAUAAAAAUAUCUGAAAAAACAAAAUAUGUCUAUCCUUUAUCACAAACAGCAUUGUUUACCUUACCAGAAUGUAGAACAUUAGUGAAGGUUAUUAUAUGUGGUAUAAAAACAGCUGCUUGGGGUUUAGCGACUAUUAAGACUGCAAAGGAAGAUGAUUCUGGAACAACGCCUAAAUUACCCAUAAAGCCUCAAAUAGUUAAAAUUUACUCAAGUUUAGUAAAAUGGUCUUUACAAGCUAUGGAUGUGCAUAUGGUUAAUCCAUUAAAUAAUCAAAACACAAAUGUAAAUGUUGUACGGCCACGAUCAAAAGAAGAAAAAGAAGCUAUGGACCAUUUAAGUGGAAUUUUUUCACUUUUGCAUCCAAGUACUUUCAAAGAAAUAUUCUCUACAAAUAUUGCGUAUUUUGUGGAUCGCAUUGAAAAAAAUCAUGCAUUGAUGUACAUUAGUGAAUCACUAUUAAAUAAUAGUCUAAAUACUUCAGAUACAUCAUCUAUAUUUGCUACUCUACUAUUAGAACAUUUACUUAGUAAAAUAGAAGAUAUGGGUAGUGGAAAUUCAGAGCGAAGCAAUUUAUAUCUGAAACUUUUUAAACAAGUAUUUGAUACAGUAAACCAAUAUUCAAUAGAAAGUGAACAAACUCUUCAACCUUAUUUAAAUCAAAUUGUUAAUAGCUCAAUGAAAAUGGCUUUAACGGCAAAAGACCCAUAUUAUUAUUUUUUGUUAUUACGUCCUCUUUUUCGUUGUAUUGGUGGAGGUGCUCAUGGUGUAUUAUAUCAAGAAUUUUUACCUCUUCUACCAAAUUUACUUAAAAGUUUAAAUAGUCUUCAAUCUGGUCUUCAUAAACAAGAUAUGAAAGACUUAUUUGUAGAAUUAUGUCUUACUGUUCCUGUACGUUUAAGUUCAUUACUCCCUCAUUUACCUUUACUUAUGGAUCCUUUAGUUUCAGCAUUAAAUGGUUCACCAUCACUAAUUAUACAAGGUUUACGAACAUUAGAACUCUGUGUUGAUAACUUACAAACAGAUUUUUUGUAUGAACAUAUACAACCAGUUAGAGCAGAUUUAAUGCAAGCUCUAUGGCGAUCAUUACAUAACACAAAUGAUAAUGUUUAUCCAGUGGCAUUCAGGGUUUUAGGAAAAUUUGGUGGGGGUAAUCGCAAAAUGAUGACAGAACCUCAACGCUUGGAUUACUCCCUUCAUAGACAAUCCAAAAAACCAGCCAUUGUUGUUAAUUUUAUUGAACACUCUGAACCAGUCAUAUUUAAUAUUGAUAUGGCCAUUGAAACUGCUGCUGAAUCUCUCAAAUCAUCUACUGAUCCUUAUUAUCGGAAAAAAUGUUGGGAAGUUAUUAAAUCAUUUUUAGCAGCAUCAGUGUUAUCUAAUGAUGAUAAAGCUGUUUUAAUGAAAUUUUUUUCUCAUUCAAGUUUUAAAGAAGGAAAAAUAGCCAAUUUUCAAUCAACUGUGUACAAGUAUCCUGAUCCAGUAGUCAGGAAUACAUAUGUCAUGGCACUUAAUGGAAUAUUUGUGAGUGCAGCUGUUAAAGAACUUAGAGAUACAGCUCUUGGAACAUUGUUAGACAUUGUAAUGCGAUAUACUAUGGUAGCAGUUUCUCAACAAGCAGGACCUAUUGUAAAUAGUGAAAAAAAUGAAAGAUGCUCAUUCGGAAUGGACCCUCUUGUUUUAAUUGACUCGAUGGCCACAGUUAUGAGUUAUCAAGAAAAAGAACUUUUAAAACCAGCACGAUUAGCUUUAACCAUAAUUCUUAAUACAGCAACUAUAAUUAUGGGUUCAAAAGAAAGAGCUUGUCAGCUACCAUUUAUGGAGUAUAUGGUAGACAAAUUAUGUGCUUUGUGUUAUGAUCGCGCUUGGUAUACCAAAUUUGGUGGAUGUUAUGCUAUUCAGUUUUUUUAUAGUAGUAUGUCUUUACAAUGGGUAUUUGAACAUUUAUAUUUAUUUGUCAAGGCUCAACUUUUUGUAAUAAUGGAUUUAUCGGGUGAUGUUUCAAAUGGAGUUUUAGAUGAAGCCAAGAAAAAUUUAGAAAACAUGUUAAAAAAAGCUGCAUCUCCACUAGAUCAAAAUGCAGGUACCCAACUCCAAACAUUACAAAAAAAAGCAAUACAUGAAGUUACUUAUGAGCUAAUUAGGCAAGUGACUAGUCCUAAUGAUUUACUUAGAAACCAUUCCACUCAUUUAUUGGGUGUAAUAGCCAUUGCCCAAGGAACUUCAAUAACUCAAGUAAUGGAGCCUCAUAAAGAAGGUUUAUCAGAAAUAAUACCUUUAAGAAAACACCUUUUGCGUCAUCAAGGAUUUAAAGCACAAAUUGGAAUGAUGGAAGGAAAUACAUUUUGUACAUCUUUAUUACCUCGCUUAUUUACAAUUGACUUAAGUAUCAAAGAACACAACUUGUUUUACCAUGAAGUAUCUAAUUUAUGUGAAGCUAGUGAUUCUGCCAUGUCAAAAUUACCAGGUUAUAAGACAAUGAAUCCAGGUCAAAUGUUAUUAUUACGACAAGCUGGAAUGCGAGCUCUUGCUGCUUGUUAUUACAUUCCUCAACCAGAAGUGAAAAGUAGAAUAUUUCAUGCUUUAUAUGCGGCUUUGGAUAAAAAUAAUUCUGAUUUACAAGAGACUGCUUUUCAAUGCUUACGUAAAUUUGUUUCAACAUCACAAAUUGAUAUGCCAAUGGUUCAUGAGUUAAUGAAAAAACAAUUAGGUGAUUUAGGAGAUUACAGAAAUUUAACAUUAAGUGGCACUCGCCGUCUUUGGUACUUAGUUCAAUUAUUUCCUACAAGUUUCAGUGAUAUGUUUUGUACACAUUUAAUGGAAAUAAUGAAAAAAAUGUUUGAAGUUCUGAUUCAAAUGAAAAAAGGAAUUUCUAAAACUGGUAAUUAUGAAUCAAUUAUGGUUAUAAUUAUUGAAAUGUAUAAGCAAUUACCAGUAGCUAAUUACCGACACAUUGAGUCUCUUUGCCGUUUAGUUUUGGAUAGUGAAAAAAGUCUUCAAGUAUGCAUAACAUCUCCUUUUCAUGUACCAUUACUAGGUUGCUUACUGAAGUAUCCAACUCAAGUUGUUCAACUAUUUUUACAAGAUACUCAUAUCAAAGAACCUCAUUGGGUUAAAUAUUUGCAUAUGAUGAUAGCUGAUGAAAAAUGUCAAUCAAUUAGGGAAGCACUUCAAGAUAGUGGACGUAGACUUAAUGAAUUGAUCAAUAUUUCCCAUACAGAUCAAACUAAAGUUAUUGAGUAUGAAACUAUUAAGAUAAUUCAUACUCUAGUCAAACUGGAUAAAUUUUGGAUAUCCAAUCAAACAGAUUUAAUUAUUUCACUAUCAGAGCUAUGGGCUUCUGACAGUUAUCAAGAAUACUUCUUGAAUCCUGGUUAUCUUGAAUUUGAUCAUUGGAAUGAACCUAAAUUACUAGCCAAAAUUUUACUCCAAUAUUUCAUUCAUAAUCCAAAUCAAGUAGAUUUACUAUUUCAUUUGAUAAAAGCAUUUUGCUUUAGAUUUAUUUCUGAUUUUCAAUUUUUACGUGUUUACUUAGAAGAAACAGUUGCAAAAACUUUUUCAUCUACAUGGAAACGAACAGCAUUUUUCCGUUUUGUAGAAAUAUUUCAAGAUAAUACAAUGAAUAAUCACUUCAAAUCAAAGAUUUUACAAUAUGUUAUUCUACCUUCUGUGUCUGCUAGUUAUGAAAAAAAUGAACAACAAACUCUUAUACAUGGUACAUCAGAUCCAGCUGAUACUUCAGGAAAUGUAGUAACUUCAUAUAUAUUACAGUUGAUUGUACAUGAAGUACCAUCUGGAAUUGGUGAAGAUAGUAUACGCAUACAUUUAUUACAACUAGGAUGUAUGUUAGUUAAUGAUUUUCCAGUUAAUAAAGAAAGUUCUCUUAUUUCUGAUGGAUUAUGUGAAAAUUUAAAAAGAGUAAUGAGCUAUGCUUGGCCUUGUCUAUUGGAAAAAUCUUGUGUUGAUCCAACUGCUCGUUACAGUGGACAUCUUCUACUUUCAUAUAUUGUAGCAUCUUACAAUGUCAAUAGUCGUAUAAUUCUACAAGUAUUUCAUGAGCUUUUAAAAGCAUAUCAUGUUGAAGUGCGAAAUGUAGUCAGACAAGCUUUGGAUUUAAUUACUCCUGCAUUAUCUAUUCGUAUGAACAAUGGUAAUAAAAUGUUAUGCCAAUGUACUAAAAAAAUAAUUGUCGAAGAAGCCCAUUUGAUGCAACAACUAUUUCAUGUAUUACACUUAGUAGUUCGACAUUAUAAAGUGUACUACCCCAUUAGACAUCGGUUGAUUCAGCAUAUGCUUUCUGCAAUGCAAAGACUUGGAUUUAUGUCAUCCGCUACAUUUGAACACAAAAAGUUAGCUGUAGAAAUGGCUGAAGUUAUUAUAAAAUGGGAAUUGCAAAGAAUUCAAAAUGAAAAUAAUACUUUAGAAAAUUCAAUGGAAGAAGGUGUUAAAAAAAUUAAACUAGAACCUUCUUUAUCAUUAACAUCAGAUGACAUAGAUAAAGAAAUGCCAAUAAGCAAAAAUGAUUUGGGAAUUGUUUUCAAUUUCUUAGCUAAAAUUGCUUGUCAAGUAAACGAUGGUGUUGUUGGGGGUAUGGCUGAGCUUUUAUCAAAACGUUGUGUUUCAUUAUUAAGAACAGCUUUAAAAUCAGAAGCUAUUAUGAACAGAUGUAUUGAUAUGAUAAAAUUAGGGUGGAUGGAAAAAGUAUUUUGUGCUGUUUCAAAUUUAGAACCAGUUGUUAACAAUCCAGCUACUGCUGUUUCUGUUGCAAACAUAGCAUCAGCAUUUGAUCUUUUAACUUUUUUUUUAACAACUUUACCUAAAGAACAACUAUUGAGCACUUUUAAACCUCUACAGAAAUCAUUAUUUGAAUGCAUUAGUACUACCAAUAUGAAAAUUGGCAGAAUGGCUCAUGCAUUUCUUACACGUUUGAUAUAUAAUUUUCCCAUGGUUAAACCAUACCACAGUGAACUUGAAGAGUUAUAUGUUUUAAUUAAUGUGCUAAUCGAUGAAAGUUUAAACAAUUUUGAAAAAAAUAUUUCCCAAAAUUACAAUCGUUUUUUGACCUGUGUCAUUAUGUUAAAAGCAGCUAGUGCGAACAAUACUAUAUUUAUAGAUGGUUUAUCUUCUCGUUUUGUACACGUGUUGCAAAAAGUGUGCCGUGAACAACCACAAACCACAAACACUGAAUCAUCUAUGGGAAUAAGCGAAUUGAUCAUUCAAAGUUUAGAUUUAAUGAAAAAUAGAGUUAGUAACAUGCAUAUAGAUACUCGAAAAACUUUUAUUGGUACUAUUCUAGUCGGUUUAAUUGAAAAAACUAAUGAUGCAAGAAUAAUGAAAACAAUUUUAAAGAUGCUAGAAGAAUGGAUGCAUACACCUCCUAAUGAAGGACCCAAUUUACGAGAAAAAUCUAUUCUUUUAGUUAAAAUUAUGCAACACAUUGAAAAAAAAUUUCCAGAUUUAAAUUCUCAGUAUCUAGACAUAAUUAUAUUCAUUUAUAAUGAUGAAGAAUUAAGAAAUUCUGAACUUGGACACAAAUUAGAAGCUGCAUAUUUAAGUGGUUUACGUUGUUCACUACCUGCAGUUCGUGAAAAAUUUUUUGAUUUGCUUAAUCAGCAAAUAAAUUCAAGAUUACCAGAAAGAUUGUUGUACAUAGUAAGCUCUCAAAAUUGGGAACCCAUGAUGACACAUUAUUGGAUAAAGCAGUGUAUUGAACUUAUUUUGGCCACAGUUGAUCCAAAUCUACCUGUAAUAUUAAAAGACCAUAAUUCUGCAACAUCAUCAAAGCUUCCAACAAUUAGAGAAUUAAUAAAUAAUUGUGAUGCAUCAUUUAAAGAUGAAAUUUUAAACACUAAUGAAGACACACCUGUUAAAUCAGAAUAUGCUAUGGAUACUGAUCAAAUAAUGACUGAAAAUAUUGAAGUUAUAGAAGGUGGUAAAUUAGAGCCCUUGAUUACCAGACACAUUAAGUUCAUGGAUAAUUUAAAAACUACGAAACUUGGUGAUAUUUGUUCAGCUAUUUCUCAGUUAUGUCAUAUGGAUUCAAGUUUAGCUGAAAAAAUUUGGCUUGUUUUAUUUCCUGCUAUAUGGACAUCUUUAAAUUCUACGCAAAAAACUAUACUUCUCCCAGAAAUCAAUCAAUUUAUUGUUAGUGGUAUACAUGUAGUCCAAAGAGAUGUCCAUCCAAGUGUAAUUUCUACAUUUUUUGAAGCUCUAUUUCAAUGUGAACCUAAAAUCAAUUUUAAACCCAGUGUUAUGAUGUAUAUUGGAAAAUCUCAUAAUUUAUGGCAUAGAGUUACUUUAUCUUUGGAAAAAAUGAUGAUUGAUAAUAACUUUGAGAUAUCUAAACAAGAUUGUUAUGAGUUUGAACCAGAAAUUUCUCCUCAAAGGGAUGCAAUCGAUACAUUAGCUGAAAUGUACAAACAACUUAAAGAAGAAGAUAUGUGGGCUGGGUUAUGGCAAAAACAUGCUCAAUAUCGAGAAACUAAAGUGGCUCUAGCUUUAGAACAACAAGGAUUGUUCGAGCAAGCAUUAUCUACUUAUGAAUCAUUAAUUGAAAAGUACCAAACUGAAUUUACUAGCACUCAUGCGUCAGUUAUGGUUUUGAGUGAAGCCCGUUUAUGGGAAUCGCAAUGGAUUAGAUGUUCAAAAGAAUUGAACCAAUGGGAUAUUUUAUUAGAGUACUCAAAGCUUAAUGGCCAUCUAAAUCCAUUUUUAAUUUUAGAUAGUGCUUGGAGAAUACCUGAUUGGCAUGUUAUGAGUGAGGCAUUAAGUUGUGUAGAUAAUACAUGCCCAAAAGAAUUUUUAUGGAAGAUGUACUUGUAUAGAGGAUUUUUGGCUAUUUGUCAUCCUGAUGAACCAAAUUUACCUUAUGUUGUUAGAAAUGUAGAAAUGGCUAGUAUACAUGUAAUAAGAGAAUGGAGGCGUUUACCUUAUAUUGUAUCACACAUUCAUUUGCCUUAUCUUCAAGCAGCACAACAGAUUAUGGAAUUACAUGAAGCAUAUCAAAUUCAUCAAGGACUACAAGAAAAAGACACUAAUAACUCUUUACAUAAUAUGAAAGCAAUUUUAAAAACAUGGAAAAAUCGCUUACCAGUUGUAGCAGAUGAUUUAAGCCAUUGGAGUGAUGUUUUUGUAUGGCGUCAACACCAUUAUCAAUUUGUUAUUGAAUAUUGUUCAAGGCCAGAACAGUCAACAAAUGCAGUUUUAGGAGUUCAUGCUUCUGCUCAAGCUAUAAUUCAUUUUGGUAAAGUGAGUCGUAAGCAUAAUUUAACUGGAGUUUGCUUACAGACACUUUCUCGUCUGUACACCAUACCUAAUGUUCCUGUAGUGGACUGUUUCCAUAAAAUUAGACAACAAGUUAAAUGCUAUAUGCAAAUGGCUUCUAUUUCAUCAAAUAAACAUGAAAUACAAGAUUGUUUAGAAGCUAUUGAGAGGACCAAUUUAAAAUUCUUUCAGAGUGAAAUGACUGCUGAAUUUUAUGCAUUGAAAGGCAUGUUACUUGGGCAAAUUGGUAAAUCUGAAGAAGCUCAUAAGGCUUUUUCUGCAGCAGUUCAAUUACAUGAUUCAAUGGUGAAAGCAUGGGCUUUGUGGGGCGAAUACAUGGAAGAAUAUUUUACAAAGAGUUAUCCUAAUCAAACAAUGCAAACAGGUGUAGCAGCAAUUAUAUGUUUCCUUCAAGCAUGUCGACAGCAAAACGAAUCAAAAUAUCGAAAAUACUUGGCCAAAGUUUUAUGGUUGCUAACUUAUGAUGAUAAAGAAUAUUCUUUAUUAAGUACAGUUGAUACACAUUUCAGUGGUGUUCCACCUGCAUUAUGGUUGCCUUGGGUACCACAGUUAUUAACUACAUUAGCUAGUGAUGGUGGAUCUCUCUUACAAAAUUUAUUAAUUCAAGUUGGAAGAUUAUAUCCACAAGCUGUAUAUUUUCCUACAAGAACAUUAUAUUUUACUCAUAAAAUUGAAUAUAGGGAGCGAUGCAGAAAUUCAGAAUUGUUAGCAGCUGCUAACAAACAAGCCCAAAUGAAUGAAUCUGUGGGCCCAAGUUCUUCUACUUCUCAAAAUACUGGUCUAACUGAUUCAUCUUUAAGAGCUACUCCAGCUAUGGUUAGAUUUUCAAAGGUGAUGCAUCAACAGCGCGAAGUUCAUCCAACAAUUGUUUUAACAUUAGAAGGCAUUGUUGAUCAGAUGGUGUGGUUUAGAGAAAAUUGGUAUGAAGAAGUUUUGAGACAACUUCGAUUAGGUUUAGCCAAAUGUUAUAACAUAGCUUUUGAUAGCCGUGGCUCUGUUGCUGAUGCACAAAUAACCCCUCACACCUUAAACUUUAUCAAGAAACUGGUGUCAACUUUUGGAAUAGGAAUAGAGUUAUUAGCAAAUAAUAUGGCAGCUAACAGUGCAGCAAUAUCAACUAAAGGUUCAUUUCCUGGUUCUGGCUCUGAAAGUUUAGCAAAAAGAGCUCAAACAACAAUACAAGAUCCUGUGUUCCAGAAAAUGAAACAACAAUUUUCAAUUGAUUUUGAUUUUACUUUACCUGGUGCAAUGAAAUUACAUAAUAUGAUAUUGAAAAUGAAGAAAUGGAUAAAAAUUUUAGAAACAAAAAUAAGAUUGUUACCAAAAUCAUUUUUAAUUGAAGAAAAAUGUAGAUUUCUGAGUAACUUUAGUCUUCAAACUGCUGAAAUAGAAAUACCUGGAGAAUUUUUACUCCCAAAACAUUCACAUUAUUAUGUGAAAAUAGCACGCUUUAUGCCACGGGUUCAAAUUGUUGAAAAACAUAACACUUCUGCUAGAAGAUUAGUUAUGCGAGGACAUAAUGGUAAACUUUAUUCCUAUCUAGUAAUGCAUGAUGCAGGAUUAGGUGACACAAGACGAGAAGAACGAGUUUUACAAUUAUUAAGAAUGUUAAACCAUUAUUUAACAAAACAAAAAGAAACUUCUCGGCGAUUUUUAUAUUAUACUGUUCCUAGAGUAGUUGCUGUAUCACCACAACAACGACUUGUAGAAGAUAAUCCAUCAUCUUUAUCACUGUUGGAUAUUUUUAAAUCAAUGAGUAUUUCUCAGCCUUAUGAUGACUGUAUUGAACAUUAUUACCAGCGUUUGGCAAACAUACAAAUUCAAGGAACUCAUGCAAACAUUCAAAUGCUUUUAGAUGUAUUUUUAGAGGUACAAAAAAAUUAUUGUCCAAGUGACACAUUAAAAAAUUGGGCAUCAUUGACAUAUGCUUCCCCAACUGAUUAUUGGACUUUCAGAAAAAUGCUUACACUUCAGCUAUCAUUAUCCUGCUUAGCAGAAUAUGUUUUACAUCUAACCAGACUUAACCCAGAUAUGAUGUAUAUUCAUCAGGACUCUGGUUUAUUAAAUGCUUCAUAUUUCAAAUUUGAUGUUGAUGAUAAAAAAGGUGAAUUAGUGUCAAAUCGACCAGUACCUUUCCGGUUAACGCCUAAUUUUGUUGAACUAAUGACUGAUAUUGGUAAAAAUGGUCCUCUUACUGCAAGUAUAAUGGCAACAGCAAGAUGUUUUAACCAACCCAAUAACAAAGUUCAAGCAAUUCUUAGAGCCAUUUUAAGAGAUGAAAUGAUUACAUCUUAUAAAAAAAAAUUAGAAGAUGAAUUAUCGACCAAUAGGGAUGAUAUAUCUGGAGACAUUAUAAUUAGCAUGGUUACAAAAGCAGUUAACUCAAUUAUGCACAGAUUAAAUAGCUUAGCCAACUUUGAUGGCUCUGACAAUAAAGUUAGCACUAUUGUUAGUGCAGCUUCAUCAGUAGAAAAUUUGUGUAGAAUGGAUCCAGCUUGGUAUCCUUGGUUGUAAAGUGUAUUUAAUUUUUAAUUCAAAACUUGAUCUCUUAAAAUUUGUUUAAUUCACUGUAUUUUAUUAAACAAAAACUAAAAUUAAUUUUUUUCAUUUUAAUACCUAAUACAAUUUGAAAAUAUGAGAACACUUUUAUAUUUUAAAAUAAACAUGAUGUAUAUAUGUAAACAAUAUUAUUUUAUAACCAUAUUUAUUUUGUUUACUAUUUUUUACUGUAAGUAAAUUAACUUUUUAUGUAUUCAUUUAAAUAUUAUACAUACUUAAUCAAAUUUACUCUUAUAUUCACUUACAAUCUUUCCAAAAAUGUAUUUUAAGAUUGAAGAUCAAU